ACUCCACUCUCUCUCCCAUCCCAUAUUACCUGCGUUCAGUUUGGAGUUGUUGGAUCUGUGUUGGGGCUGUUUAGGUGAUGAUGACGGCGUCCAAAAACUGUGUGCUUUAUGGUGGUUCAAGAGGCUGGGACACAAGGGACUGGACGGCGAGUGAUGACCGUGUGAGGGGCGGGAAGUCUGUUUCCCACGUCUCCCUCCCCACAUCCGAGACGCUCCUCUUCUGGGGCCACCUCGACUAUGCCACCCUCGGCUCUGCCGGCUUCGCUUCCCAGCGCACCACCAACAUUCCCCCGGAGGGCUGGGACCUCUCUGCAUACUCCGGCAUCGUGCUGGAGCUAGAAGCCGAGGCCGGCAGAUUGAACGAUAAGAAGUUCACGUUCGUCAUAAAGGACACCAUUCUCCCCAAGAGGCCUGACGGCAGGGAGCGGUCGAGCAUCAACUGGGAGUUCGACUUUGAUGUUCCCAGGGUUAGUACGGGGAGCACCGUGUGGCACGAGGCGCUGGAGGAUGACAGUGAGGAGGAAGUGACUAAGAGGAAAGAGCUUGGGGUAAAGGAGGGUAAGAGAGAGGAGGAUGAGCAGGACGAGAGUGAGUUUGAGCAUAUCGACGUUUGGGAAGAUGACGCCGCCGAGGAGGCAGUUUUGCUCGACGCGGAGUUCUACGUCAAUCCCGAAGACGAAGUCGUCUCGGUUCCGCCUGCGCCCGCCACUCCCGCCGGCAGGAAGGAGAUGGUCAGGGUUUACAUGCCCUGGGGCCUCUUCCAGCCCACCUACCGCGGCAGGAAGAAGCACAAUGCCAGUGAUCUGGACACGAAGCACAUCAGGCAGAUCAGCAUCAUGGUCAGAAGCUUCUUCGGCGAACAAUCGGGCGACUUCGCGCUCGUCAUCAAGUCCAUCACUGCCUACACCGAGCGGGACAUUGACGUUGAAGCGCAGAGGGCAACAAUGGGGACGGCAAGGGAGGAAUCUCAUGUAUGUUUAGAACUACCAUGAGGGCCCGCAGCUCCGACCAUAUGACGAGGGAUUAGAAUGCUGAAGUUCAGGGAACAGGCUGAUUUCCACUGCUGCUGUAUGCUCUCUUGGAUCGUCGCAGGAUUCGGUAUAUAUUUCAUCUUUUUUAGAACAUGAGACAUGGAAGCCCGUGGACGAGGAGCUGUUACGGGAGACGGUUUGAUGGCUACAUUCUUUAUGGAUUCUUGUCUUGGACGACAGGGUAUGACCUACAUUCAUUCACGGAUUACGCUUUUGAGCGACGGCGUGGGAUCUGGUAACGUUUUUGAACUCAAAGAGGGAGUAUGCAGGCGCCAUACUCCGUUCAGUCUCUGGCCACAAUGGGAUAUACUGG